CUCCUGUUUCUGCGCUGCGGUUGUUGCUGCUGCCCGAAUCUUCACUGCAGUCCGAGUCUGUCCACAACACCACCACUCCGGAGGGGGGCUAAGCGUUCUGUUCUCGAUCCUGUAGGGGCAAAACAUUGGGUAAAAUAAUAAUAAUAAUAAUAAAUUAUUAUAACAAGAAAAAGAAAACCCGAAGACAAACCUCGCGACAAAAUGGGAAAUGAAGCAAGUUACCCCUUGGAGAUGUGCUCGCACUUCGACGCUGAUGAGAUUAAGAGACUAGGCAAGAGGUUUAAGAAACUCGACCUGGAUAACUCGGGAUCUCUGAGUGUGGAAGAGUUCAUGUCCUUGCCCGAGCUCCAGCAGAACCCUCUGGUUCAACGAGUCAUCGACAUAUUCGACACGGACGGCAACGGCGAGGUCGACUUCAAAGAGUUCAUCGAGGGCGUGUCUCAGUUCAGCGUCAAAGGUGACAAGGAGCAGAAACUGCGCUUUGCGUUCCGGAUCUAUGACAUGGACAAGGACGGUUACAUAUCCAAUGGCGAGCUUUUCCAGGUGCUCAAGAUGAUGGUGGGAAACAACCUGAAAGACACGCAGCUGCAGCAGAUCGUCGACAAGACCAUCAUCAACGCCGACAAGGACGGAGACGGCAGGAUAUCCUUCGAGGAGUUCUGCGCGGUGGUCGGCGGUUUAGACAUUCACAAAAAGAUGGUGGUGGACGUGUGAACGGACAGAAGACUCCCCUUUUACCAAACGCCUCUCUUUCUUUCUCUCUUUCUUUUCAAUCACUCCAUCUCUUUCUAAAUCCCCCCCCCCCCCGUUCUCCUCCAUACCUGAGAAUCAGCUUGCAGUGUCCAGCUAUAAGCGCUCCCCUUAUCUCCUUUGUUCCUCUUUCAGUUCCUCACUAUUUACGCAGAAGUAUUUUUGCUUUGUGACCACCUCCCACCCGCACCUCCCCCCAUGUCUCAAGACGCCAUUCAUCAAGUGUUCUCGAGCACGACGAUGAUCUGUGACGUGACGUGACGUGCCGUGUACAGCAGGAGAAACGGCUUUCAGGCACUGUUUUUUCAGUUUGGUGGAGAAAGGGGUGUGUGUGUGUGUGUGUGUGUGUGUGUGUAUGUGUGUAUUGUUUUUCUUGUUCAUAAUUAAAGGGGGGAUUAUUUUUAUUUAUAUAUAUAUAUAUAUAUAUAUAUAUAUAUAUAUAUAUAUAUAUAUAUAAAAUAUAUAAAAUAUAUAUUUAUUUUGGUCUUUUUUUAUGAGGAUGUAGGUGCACAAGGAGUUCGUCUAGUCGUUUCGAUACGCAACACGACGUACUUUUGAUCACAGCGCGCAGAUAAGAGCAUGAAGUGCCAAUCAAAACCGUGUGUGUGUGUGUGUGUGUGUGUGUGUGUGUGUGUGUGUGUGUGUGUGAUUUAUUGUUAAAGGAGCUAUAAAAUAAAUAUGGAUAAUAAGUAUGGAAAUCCUUCUCUGGUGAUUGGUUCUGUACGGACAAACUGCUUUCAAAACGAUCCUUUUCACUUUUUCAUUUUUUUGUUUGUUUCCUGCUUUAGAAAAGGUGGAACAUUAGGAAUGUUUUGUAAUAAGAUGCGAGCGUGCGUGCGUGCGUGCGUGUGUGUGUGUGUGUGUGUGUGUUUGUGUGUGUGUGUGAGGGGCGAACGAGACGUUUAUAUUGCUACGCUGUUCAGAUGCAGUCCGAGCUUUUUUUCCCUCCGUAGGUUAAAAUAAAUGCGACCUAUUGAGCACAGACUUGCAGUUUACUUCUACGAGAUAUAAAUAUAUUUAGACAGAUAUAUAUCCUUUUCUCUUUUUUUUUUUUUUAAACAGAAAAGGUUUCCAGCCGUCAGAUCACGAGGCACACGGACACACAGGAUGAACACGGUGCCAUCUGCGUCCCCAAUAUUAGUAUAUUUAGCGUUUGGUAAUGAACAGGACGGAAGAUUCACGUGGAGAUUUUGGGUCUCACGAAACGACGUGCUUUUAACGUUUCCGCCGCUGUGAAGUCGCGACCGGGUUUUUGUUUCUAUAUCAGAACGGAUGGACUGUUAGCGUUUCGUCCCCCCACGUGAAACCUCAGGGCUGACGUUCGCUUUUAAAAGGAGAAGAACCCCCGGCUAUGUUUCGAUCUACACACUUGCAUACUGGAUAGGUGAAGGAUGGGUGUUGUGAUGUCUUUACCAGGGUCUUUGAUCUCUCAAAUCACAGACAGAACAGUCGAUUAUACCUGAGAAGUACCAAUCGAAAAUCAAGUGUGUAUUAGACACAUGCAUUGAUCAGCUUUUGUGUAGGAAACGGUAGAAACUAUUCAGGUCUGAGUUCAGGGAUGAGAAAGAGAGCAGAUAGCACGUUCCUCAGAAAACGUGUGGUUACACUGAAGUCGUGACAUCGGUGUCACUAACCAGAACCUUGGAGUUCGCUAUAGCUCGACAGAUCAAUACUGUACCUGCAUCUGUUCCCAUGGCAUUAGAGGGCGUGGCUUCAGUCACCACACAAGUGUCAUUAAGUCUUGGUAGCCUGAGAACCUGGACGACGUCACGUGCAGCAGGCGUAUGUUUCUCCAGUUAUGAAAUUCAAAAAGUGCUUGUUUUUUACCGCUUUCGUCGACCUCAUUAAUAACUCCUAUAGACAACAGCGUCUGAUGCUGGAAACUAUUUAGACGUGACCAUUUUGAGUUAUUCGAGUUGAGUUGAUUUGAGUUACGAGGUUUCUGCAGAGCACUAGCAGUCGGCUUUUACAUUAGCGCUAUUUUUUUAUUUAUUAUUUUUAUUUUUUUACAGUGAUGACAGCUUGAGUCACCUUCUGAAUGACCACCAGGAUGCGCUCUCGCUCUCCUUCGCACUCUGUCACGACUACUGUAAUUUUUUUUUUUUUCUUUUCUAAACUACACUCUGCACGACUUGCGUUUUCCCCAACAAUAUAUAAAAGCCUUUAACGGCCUGGUGAUGUGCUUUGCAUGAAACGGGCGGGUGUCUUUCUUUUCUCUGUGCAUGUGGGUCCGACUUUUGGGGGCAAAAAAAAACAAAAAAAAACCAAUCCUCUUGUUUACAUAAUGUACGAAUUGAUCUAUGAAUGACACUUGCAUAUAAAUACAUGGAUGUUGCCAAACUUUUUUUGGUAAAUGUUUUAAAUAUGGAGUGAAAAAAAAAAACAACAAUAAAAACUCGAUUACAUCUCGUACCCAUACUUCUUAUAACGACGAGAUGAAUCCAAUAACAUGAAACAAACUCAUUACACAAAGCUUCACUCGGGACCCAGUGGAAACGGGCUCGUUUUUAGGAUUUUAUUUAAUUUUUUAAUCCCCAGUUCCUGAUGUUUUGUACAGACUUUUGUUAUCGACGUGUUAAAGUUAGUGCUUUUUUUUUUUUUGCUUUCGAUUCAGUGCUUUCUAUAACUUUGUUGGUCAGUUUGUUACCUCGUGAUGGUGGUGGGGGUUUUUGGGGGGGUGUUGGGGGAGGAGUUGUGGUAGAGGGGUUUCUAAUAUUUCAGUUUUAGGAUUUAAUUUUAUUUUUUGUUGAAAUUAUUAUUUUGUUUGUUUGUUUGUUUGGGCCUCUUCAUCUCUGCAUGCUGCGUCAUAUGCUGUGGGAACCAUUAAAAUGCCACUCGUGACAAUAAAUAAAACAUUUGAAGCUCGUAAGGAAAAAAAAAA